AUGAAUUGGAAUGAUAAGUGCCUGAAGGGUGAGAAGCCCGAACGUGACGAGAGUGUGUCGGAGGUUGUCAUGAGCUGGGCUAAAAGGCACGAACAGUACAAGGAUUUGUUGAAGGAUGUCGAGUUCUGGUUUCCAAACAAUCAAGGAGACUUUUCCUUCCUAAGAAAGUUAUAUGAGAUGGUGGAUGACCCUUCAACGGAUUCAAUUGUUUCUUGGAGCCAAAGCGGCAAGAGUUUCAUCGUCUGGAAUGAAUCUGAGUUUACCAAAGAUGUUCUUCCGAGAUGCUUACAAUACAGUGAGAUGAAAAACUUCACCCACCAGCUCGAUAACUUGGGCUUUAAGAAAGGUGAAUCUGAGCAAUGGCAAUAUGGGUGCGAUUAUUUUGUUAGAGGCCAACCACCACAACCCCAACCACAACCUAAGAUGACGACUGAAAGGAAGAGAGAGUUAGAGAAUUCGAUGGAUCAGAUGUUGGCUCUCCGGUCUCUCUGGAGGCCCAAACGUUGCAAGAGUGGCUUGGAGAUUACGCGUAGCUUUAUUAAGAGGCACCAACAUAUCGAGGGCAUUGAUGAGAUAUUCAAUCUCAAGAGCUUAGUGGGGGAUCCUGAUGGUGAUGAUUGUAGCAAUGAUCCAGCUCCUCCCCUAAGGACAGGGCCUUCUCUUCUUCUGGAGUUGUAUAAAGUGGUGGAUGAUCCUUCAACGGACUCAACUGUUUCGUGGAGCCAGAGCGGGAACAGUGUCAUCAUUUGGAAUGAAUAUGAGUUUUGCAAAGAGCAUCUUCUUCCAAGAUGCUCCAAAUUCAAGGACAUGUCACAAUACACCGGUUGGCUUGUGAGCUGGGGGUUUAGGAAAGUUGAAUCUUCUGCGCCAUGGGAAUAUGCAUGCGAGUAUUUUGUGAGAGGUAAACCUUUGUUUACACCAAACAAAUGGCUUACUGGGACACCAUCUUCUGGGCUUGAGCCGGUGCCAGACUAUGUGAGAAACUUCGAGAGAAACGUUGAGACAAAUUUGAAGAGGGUUUUGGCUCGCCGGCUUCGCGGGAGUCGCUAA